UUUCUUUUCUUUUCUUUUCUUUUCCCACGAACCGAUACUAGAAUAUUUCCUUCAUGAGCAGCUAAUCUUAUAGUUACAGUAACUACCUACCCAGGGUAUUGUAUAUAUGAAUGCCAACGUGGGUACAUACAGUAUUCAGGAUAUCGUGGUUCAGGUUAAAAACCCCCCGACAGCCUGAGCCAUAUACAUAAUAAUAACAAGAACUUUCCGGAGUUACGUCAACCCCCUUCGACAGACGAUCAUUUAAUUACCUACCACACUUCACCUAAUCGCAAUUGGCUGAGAAGCUGUAUUCCACGUUGUGUUUACUCAUUGGUUAGGACCGCAAAAGAACUUGGGAACGUUCCCCAUUUAUGUAACAACUUGAUGGGUUGAAUCCCGGAUCGAGGUCGUUGUCUAAAUGUUAAUUCUGAUUCCUUAACAAUGUCGAACCCUCGCCGACGAAUAGUUCGGGUAGAGGAAACAGAGCGGCAGCCUCUUUUAAAUCAGUCGAUAUUCAACCAUGCUACAGAUCAGGACCAAGAUUCACUGCUCACUUCUAAUCCGAAUUUUCACGCGCAUCUCCCGGUAUAUACCAACAUCCAUAGGAUUCGGAGGGAUGUGAUUAGCAUAGUUGAGGAUUUCCUCACGCUCGAUCAACUGACGGAUUUGCGGCUUAAUAUAUCAGUUGUCCGGCCCCUAGUAGACAAGCUGUAUGAACAAAAUGACAUCUCUAUCGUUUAUUGCUUGCUUGUGAACCGGUCUCAAUUCUUACACGAGCAAGAGCACAUGACCAACAAACAAAAUGUUUACUUCGCGCGGGCAACACUUUGCGAACUUGUGGCAACUCGAAUCCUAAGACGCUUUGGCGACGAUAAUCCAGGCUCCGAAGGGCUACUUCUCCUGGCUAACAUUUUGGUUGCUGGAUUUGGCCCCUUUCAGAACGCUCCCGAAGAUGUCCGUCAAGAGGCCUUUCUUGGUCCUGCGUGGAGCCAGAAUAGAACUUUGCCGGCACUUGAAGUAGCCAUUCUGUGUGGGAGUAAAUACUUUCUCAGCUCUACCCACUGCCAGAAAGUGAUCAACGCAAUUUACAUUGGACAAGUCAUAUAUACACCUUCCACUUUUCUGGAUAUGAUUCCGGACCGAUACAAGCUGAAGCCCAUCUCACUGUAUGAGCCACACGAGGCGCCUUUACUUAACCAAUAUCGUUUAAUAGUACCGCGCACUCGAAACUAUCUAGAGAUCUGCCAGUUUAUUAUCUUGCUCACUCUGUACCUUCUUUUUAUGCUUGAACGCAAGCCGGAGUAUCUAAGCAUCUUUGAGAUCGCCUUUUCAGUUUAUGCAUUCGGCUGGGUCUUGGAUCAAUUUGCGACAAUCCUAGCACACGGCUGGAAUGUAUACACACAGAAUCUCUGGUCGUUCCUAGAUGUUAUGUUUGUCAUAGUCUACUGGACCUAUCUGGUAUUAAGAAUUUAUGGCUGGAAAUCAGGCCGUUCGGAACCAGGCCAGCAAGCACUCGAUGUGCUUGCAAUGGGAGCCCCCGUGCUCGUGCCCCGCCUGGCUUUCAACCUGUUAUCAGAUAAUCUCGUGUUCCUAUCACUGAGGUCAAUGAUGGCAGAUUUUACUUUACUUACGGCUUUGGCAGCCUGGUGUUUCUGCGGAUUCUUGAUGUCCAUGGUAUGGCUCGCGGAAGGGCGCCAUAGCUUUGUGAAUAUCAGUAAAUGGAUGCUGUGGAUUUGGUUUGGUUUAGAUGGUACUGGUAUUUCUCGCUCUACGGAAUUUCAUUGGAUUCUGGGACCAAUAUUGAUGAUUACGUUCUCUUUUCUGGGAAACACAUUAUUCCUGACAAUUCUGGUGUCAAUGCUCUCGAACACUUUCAGCACCAUUGUUUCUAAUGCCACCGCCGAGAUCCAAUUCCGGAAAGCGGUCUUGACGCUCGAAGGAGUGAAGAGUGAUGCAAUAUUCGCUUAUCAACCUCCAUUCAACAUCAUUGCUCUUUUCGUCUUGGUUCCCAUGAGGUUCCUGGUGAGCCCCCGAUGGUUCCAUAAGAUCCAUGUAGCAACCGUCCGAACUAUCAACUUGCCGGUCUUGCUUUUCAUCGCCGUAGCCGAGAGACGACUCUUAUGGUCAGAUACGGAUUUAGCAGCUUAUCCGACGGAGCACACACCAAAGAAGCGUCGAAGCAGAAGCUGGUUUUGGGAGAAGUGGAGAAUAACUAGCCAUGGCGAUAUACAAGCCGUCUUCGAAAUACCUCCGCCUGAUUCAGUUGAAGACGAUAUCGCCGUUGACGACGAGCUAACCCACCACCUGAUCCGGAGGCAGUUUGCAAGGCAACAAAGCUCGGCUAUGAUAGAGUCGAGCAAGAAGCAGGAUAAAAAGCAGGAUACUGACGAGGCGAGCCAGCCACCACAGCCCAAGACGCCCAGUCGCAGGGAUUCUAUAGCGCCAUAUGGAAUGCUGACGGACCAAAUCCGUGCUAUCAUGAGUGAGUCAGCCGAGCUCGAGGAUGUGACGAGUCGGUUAGCUGCAUUGGAGCGUAGUACCUCGAGGGUUGAAGAAAUGUUGAAGAAGAUAUGUGGCGAGGCAAAUGAUAACCAUACUUGAGGAGCAGAGGACGAGUAAGAAGCAACGAUAGAGAUUGUACAGGUAACGACACUACGGGGUAUGAUAACAGAUUGGGCAUUCCGUGCCGUAUAUACAUACACGAAUUCAUAUUAUAUUAUUUGGGGCAAAUGUCUUGCUCAGUACACGAUUUCCAGUGUUUACUAGGUAGGCCACC